UAAAGGGGUUUUAUUUAAGAGGUGCUCUAAUUGUGCAGAGGCACUUAUAUUUAGUCAAUACAAUUAUGUUUUUUUAGUAAAGGUAAACUGAUUAAUCUACAUAAAGAAAAGAUGGCUGAUCACAUUCUGUUAGUCCUUGGUAUAUCGGAAGGUAGAAGAUUUCCUAAAAGACCUCAUCAUCAGUUGAUAAUUGAAGCCAACUUCAAUGGUGAGGUUCUAACUACUGAUGUUGUCAAACAUAUUGACAAACCACAUUUUAACACUGAACUUGCAUGGGAGAUGAAUAAAAAGUCUUUGCAUCAACAUCGUUUACAAAGAACACCAAUUAAAGUUCAGGUAUAUGCUGUAGAGAUGACGUCAACAAAAAAAGAAAGUCUUGGGUAUUUUAUAUUGGAUUUAAGAACAGCCCAACAAAAUGGUGCUAAGAAGGCUUCAUGGGUUUCUUUGUUGAGCUCCAAAUAUCAACAUUUGAAACCAGAAAUCAAGAUUAUCUUAUCUGUGGAAGCUGAUCAAAUUAGAAUCGAAGAGGAGAAUAAAGAUAAGGGAAUACCUGUGAAAAAGAAUAAGAAUCAGGUCCCAAAACUGGACGAAAACAAUAAUAUUGAUGUGGUUUUGGACAAUGACCAAGGCUAUUAUUUGAUAGGUCCUGAAAGUUCUGAUUGUGAAAUUUUUGUUAUGUCUGUUUCUAUUGGUGGAGCAAAAAAUUUGAUACAGGUCAUACCAUCAGACGCCAGAAUCAGUUCUGAGGAUGGGUUUUAUUUUUAUUAUUCGCUCUUUGAUAAUGAUGUGACGAACGAAACUUUCCACGACUUGAUGCAUCCUGCAAUGGCGACAGAACGAGCUUCUGUGCGCAUAUACACAACAGGACAGAGGCUUGCAGCAUACUUAAGAAAAAGGAAAGUGCUUGAGGUUUAUCUGUGCAGUUCUGAAAAUACACUCGCGCAAGCUGUCGUUUCUCUUCAACCUCUUCUCGCCAACAAUCUUGUGAAGACCCCCAGCAAAGUAGAAGGUUUGUUUCCGUUGGCGUCAACAAAGGCCUCUUUCAGUGAUGCAAUGGUUGGCGUUUCUAUAGUACUAAGAAGAGAGGAUCAAACUGCUGUGGUAGAUGUGAGUCCUAUAGUUGCUCCCAAACAGAACAUCACACCGGUAAAAGAACCUGUGACACAAAAAUUACCGUCACCGCCAUUAAAUCGAAAUCCCCGUCCAAAAUCAACCACACCUCCAACUGACACAAAAGAACGUGAACAGCCGCGAUUGAGUAAGCCAGCAAAGGAGAAGGAGCAUCAUUAUUUGUUCUCUAUUGACAUUAGAAGUAUUUUUAACCGGAACAUUCCACACUUAAUCAACUGUGUUUGCAGAUACACGUAUCCAUUCUUUGGAAGUUCAUCCCCUGUCAUUACAAAUCCUCCUGUAUUGAUACAGAAAAAUGCUGAAGUGCUUCUACCACAAUCAUUCUGCAAAUUCGAAUUUGCAUCAACCAAUCGUAUUCUUCAGUCCACAUUAUCAAGGGUGCCUCUUAUUGUUGAAGUUUGGCACAAAGAUGGGAAUGCGAAAGAUGAGCUUCUCGGUGUGGCACAAGUUAAUUUGUCUCAUGUUUUUCAACCUGAUAAUAAGAGUGAAACUGGAGCACUUGUGAAAAGUGUAAGACUCCCGAUCGUCUCCGCCCAAAAUCCUGGUGAAAAAAUUGGAACUGCUCACGUUGUGUUGGGGUUUGAAGACAGAGGUGAAAUCAUGCACAAAUUGAUUGCCACUCACGAACAGUCCAUUACGAAUAGCGAUGUAACAACUGCACCAAUCUCAAGCGUCGACGUUGUGGACGCACCUAGAACGACGCAAGAAUACCAGGUUGCCAUGGCAUUGGAAUUGUGGCGGGAGCAACAGGAGGAAUAUUUUCGAUCUCAACUUGCAAAUAAAGAAAAGGAACGCAUGAUGAAGCUGGCUGAAGAGUGGAAAAUCCGAGACACGGAGCGGGAAAUGAUUCUUAAAAAGAAAGUCGACGAAUACAACGUGCUUGAAACAAAAUUAAAACGCACGCUAACUGAACUCGACGAACGAGAGAAGCAAGUAAGUCAGAUGGAAACGAACUUGCAACGCAACGAACAGCUGCUCGCCGAAGAAUACGAACGGAAAACAGUGGAAAUGAGGGAAGCUUCGCGUCGUCUGAAGGAAGAAUACCAGCACCAACUUCACCUGGAGCGACUAAAGUAUACAGAUCUAGAGGAGCGCUUCAGAAAAGGCGAGCAGCAGUUGAAACUUCUUGAAGAGAAAGUUAAAGGGAGGGAAAACGAAAUUUACUCGUUAAAGGAAAGUCUACUAAACCGACCGGAAGUUAAAUUACAGUCAGACAUGAAUCUGAUGUUAGUUGAAAAGGUAGAACUGGAACGCAAAAUUGAGUCGAUCACAAAAUCUAAAAUUCAUUAUAAACAGCAAUGGGGUCGAGCGUUGCGUGAGUUGGCUAGAAUGAAAGUGAACGAGCAGGAAGCCGCGCAAACGAGACUAAAGAAACAACAACAGGAGUUGGAGCACAUGAAGUUGAGAUAUCUCGCUGCCGAAGAAAGAGAGGUAAUGAAAAACGAAAAAGAAGAACUCGACGAUGUGAAGGAAGAAAUCAAUCAAAGGCUCCAACAAUUGCAAGCUGCGAUGACAACGGCGCAACAUCAAACUCAAAAUCCGCGCGAAAUCGAAAAUACAGAAAAUUUAUUUUCAAAGAAUCGAAUAUCGAAGCUAAUCGAAGAACGCGAUACGUUACUUCAAACGGGAGUGUAUACGAUUAACGAUCGUGUAAUAGAAGAGAUCGAGAAAGAAAUUCAAAAUCUCAUCGAUAAAGAUAAAUAGUUUUGAGAAAUAUAUUCCACAGAGUAUGUCAUUCUCUCAUCUACUUAUUAUCUGGAUAAAAUCAGUCAGGAUAAAACAGUCGCCAAUGAGUUCGAUUUAUUGUUUACCGUUUUCUGAAUAAAAAUACAAUGGAAUUCCACGCAUGACUAAUUUAUCACAAUGUAACGUAAAUCAUUCAGUUUUUAAGUGUUCUGAUUGGUGCUUUUUUUUCGCAAAAAAAAUUGUCUGUCAAAAUAUUCACCUGUUGUAAUAAGGAUAGAAGAAUUUCAUAGUUAAAAACUUGAGCUUGUAAAUACUUAUAUUUAUAUAUUUUCUAAUGUGAAUA